AUGAACUGCACCGCAUUGAACAGUAACCAAAUCGAAACGACUCCCAACAAUCAUCCCCGGCUGACAGUCAACACGGCUGUCGCACGAAACACCGUCGGGAUCCCGGUGUCAUCGGCACCUAGUCCGGGAAUAUUCUUUCACCAUACCAACAAUCUGCUAGAUGUGUCCCGACCGAACAACUCCGAAGAGGAAAACUCCCCGACGGAGUUGAACAGCUGCCGGAGGAUAGCAGAGAAACCACCUUUAGUGAAACGCCUCACCAUGGGCAUUCUGCGGCCGGCCGAAGACAGCAGACCACUGGUUCACAGUUCGUCACCGUCAAGCUCUUCCAGCUCAUCUCAAACCAUUUCCGACGGCUAUGUGAACGAGGGCAUAUGCGGCGACACUGCGGAGGCGAAUAAUGUGUUCAACAAAUUUGGCGAUUCAUGUCAGCGAUCGCUGACCGCAACCCAACCGAUCGGCGCGGAAGGAUCGCCGCGUUACAACCACAGCCAGGUUGCUCUAUAUCCGCAGCCUGGCGCGCCAAUCUCCCUGCGCAACGACAGCCUCAGCCUGAAGGAACAGCAUGAACUGAAAGGUGCUCCCUGGUUCCAGGCUGGCAUUCCCCGCGAGAUCUCGUUGGAAGUUCUCUGUCGACAGAAUCCGGGAGCAUUUCUGGUGCGCCAAAGCACCACUAAACCAGGCUGUUUCGCUCUGUCUCUCAGAGUACCACCACCGGCACCAAAAGUAGCGCAUUAUUUAAUUUUAAGGACGAUACGAGGUUAUAAAAUUAAGGGCUUCACCAAGGAAUUUAGCUCGCUGAGAGCACUGAUAACACACCAUUCUGUGAUGCCGGAGCUGCUUCCCGUUCCCUUAGCGCUUCCACGUCCCCCGCAGGUGGGCCAACGGCAGGAGGAUCCGGAAAUGUACGGUUCUUUGAACGAAUUUCAAAAGAUACUAGAAGAUUAG